UCAUUCUUUUCAUUUUGUAACAUGUUGUAUAACUUUGUAAUAUAACAUUUUAUAACUUGUUUUGUUAUACAGUGUAGACCCACCUUUACAACUGCUGUUUGAGAUCCCGGUUUCAUACAAAAGACGAAUGAGCUCUCCAUAAUAUAUUUGUUCAUUGCUUGUAUAUAUUAAAAUAUAUAUAUCUACUCUAUGGAAAAUUUGUAAUUAGAGUGCAUGAAAUAGGAAAAUGAUGAAUCCAACCAUUGACGUGUCGUUAAGCGGUAUAUAAAGCAUGGUGUCGGGACAAAGAAUUGUGCAAGACUUAUGAGAAAAUUACUUUAUCAGAAAAGAAGCAGCAAGGAGCUGUAGUCAAGUGGAAGCUGUAGCAGUAGUGUAACCAUGGCGACACUUGCGGUAGAAGAGGCUGAUCGACAGGCGCUGCACACGAUCUCUGCCAAGUUCACUGAAGAGGUGUUACUGGAGGUGCUGCAGAAGUUUGCCAAGCGUAAGGACGUGUGCCUGUCCUGCUACAAGGUCUGCUCUGCGACCUCCAAGGGGGACAACUACCUCUCCUCAGUCUGGCGCAUCUCGAUAGAAGGUGCCUCGAAGCCAGGCGACGAGAAGUACUCAAUGUCACUCAUUGUCAAGAGCUUGCCACCUAACAUCGGCCGAAGGAAGACAUUUCGCUCACUUGACUUUUUUGGCAAUGAAGUGGCUUUUUAUGAGAAGGUGCUGUCAAAAUUUAUGGCAUUCCAAGAAAAAAAGAAGCCCAAACAUCCAUUUAUUGAAAUACCUGGGUUCUACAAGGCCUUGGUAGAUGGAGAGAAUGACUUCAUAUCACUGGAGGAUCUUGCUCCGGCUGGGUACAAGAGCACGUCGCGAUUGGAAGGGCUUGAUUAUGCCCACACUUCCAUGGCCAUGAAGAUUCUCGCUCGCUUCCAUGCACUGUCGUUUGCAAUCCGAGACCAGGAGCCCGACAUGUUUCGUGAAAUGGUGGACAGUCUCCAAGAGGUUUACUACAAGCCAGCUCUGAAGCCUUGGUACAAAAACAUGUUAGACAAGUUUGUGAGCCUGGCUACGGACGCCAUGGCUCAGGAGAUGCCCGGGUCGGUGUACGAGGAGAAGCUGAGGCAGCUGGUUGCCGGAGAGGACUUCUUCGACCGCAUCUGCAAGCUGGUGGCGGACAGCCGGGAGCCGCACGGCGUCAUCAGCCACGGCGAUGCCUGGUCCUCCAACUUCAUGUUCCUGUAUCCGGGGGGCGACGCCACCUCCUCCCCACUGGCCGCCAGGAUGAUCGACUACCAGAUUGUGCGGUGCAGCUCGCCGGUGCUGGACCUGUCCUUCUUCCUGUACUCGUGCACGGGGCAGGAGUUGCGAGAGAAGCACUAUGACGGGCUGAUGCGGGAGUACCACACCGCCUUGUCGGAGUUGAUCGCAGAGCUGGGCUCCAACCCGGACCGCGUCUACCCCUUCUCCGCCUUCCAGAAGGAGCUGGCCACUUACAGCAAGUACGGCCUGUACAUGGCCCUGGAGUCCUUGCCCAUGUCGCUGCUGAGCGAGGAGGACGCGCCGGACAUCGACCUCAUAGAUGGAGACGAUGCUGUUCCGCUGGAGCAGAUCUGGUCGCUCAAGCCCAUCAAGACCCAGGCCGGACGACUGCGCAUCUGCAACAUGGUGAAGCACCUGAUGCAGUGUGGCUUCGUGUGAAGCUCGUCGGAGACUGGCAUUCCUCUCCGACCUUCCACUCUACGGCUUUACCUCUGUAGUCUUGACUGUAAGGCAUUAAGGGGCCCACAUACAUGGAGUUUCCAGCAUGUAAGACAUGGCAAAUGAGAAAAAAUAAGUUUUUCAGAAAUGAAAAUUGAAAAAUACUUUUCCACUUUCAUAAGACAUGUAACUGCUUGGCAUAGACUUAACUUAUUCACAUAGAUUAAAUAAAAAUUAUCAGUAUUUCAUGAGGAAAUAUGAGUGUGUUGCAGAGCUAUAAAAAAGUACAUUGCUUCAGUUCUUUGCUCGCUUGUUAGUUACGAUGGACACAGCAGAGAGAUCAAGAUUAUUUUUUUAGCCACUUAGUUCUGUUUAUCAAUAGUUUUAUAAACAAAACAACAAAAAGGGAGAAAUAGAUGCAACUGCCCUCCUAGUAUAUUCUGUUGCAAUGUGAGACAGAGGGAACACCAAUAGGUGAAGUUUGUAAAUUUUAAUGUAUAGGUAAAAUGAAAUUUUGAACUAAUAAAGUAUUUUUAAAAA